CACUAAGUUUGUGUCCCCUUUUUACCUCACUCGCGCAUGCUGUGCGUACUCACUUACUAACCCGGUGUUGAUUUUGGUUGCAUCAGUACCAUAUCAACCGUUAGGGGGUAUAUAUCAUUCCUCUGUCGUCCCUCUCUCUCUCAGUGUUCUUGGACGCAACGCUUGUGUACGUACACCACUUUCGAUCCGUUGUCUUGUUAAAUUACUAUGAAUAGGGCUAAUUCCUUUUGGCAAAAUUUGAAGAACGUGUUUGGUCGACCUAAGGACAAAAGUGAUACAGUCAAGGAGAAUGAGGAAAACGGACAUAUCUUGCCUCUUGACCUGAUAGAGGGUAAGAUUAAACCGGCUACGGACGAUGGGAAAGUUAUUGAUUAUGAUGGCGGAGAGAUGGCAACACCAGCACAAGGAGGGGACCUUCCGGAGCGAGGAACUUGGAGCACCGGAAAACUUGGCUUUAUCUUUGGUUGUCUUAACUACGCUGUUGGGCUGGGAAACGUCUGGCGUUUCCCAUAUCUGUGCUAUGAAAAUGGUGGAGGCGCCUUCCUCUUGCCUUACUUCCUGAGCAUUAUCCUUUGUGGAAUACCACUAUUUAUAAUGGAAGUGUCUAUAGGCCAGUACAUGAGCACUGGAGGAAUUGCAAUAUGGAACUUAGUACCCGUACUAAAAGGUGAGACGGUAAAAAAACCUAAAAAGAAGACAGUAGAAAGAUCGAACUUAACAUAAUUUAUGAUAAAUCGA